AUCCACCACCAGCACAAGACUGAAAAUGAGUCUCCAAACGGCUAUCUCUGCUCCAUCCUUUCUAUCCUCAUGCUCCGGUUACCGGCUCAAAUUCAAUCCUCUUUUCUUCCCUAACUUUAGCUUCUCCCGCUGUCGUUCCAACCGUCUCGGGCGCAGAAACUUCGCAGUUUUUGCAUCAGAGAAUAGUGUUUUCACUUCUCCGGAGAUGGACAAGUCGUUCGACUUUACUUCCGAGGAACGGAUUUACAAUUGGUGGGAGUCUCAAGGAUUUUUCAGACCAAAGUUUGACCAGGGAACUGAACAUUUUGUCAUACCUAUGCCACCGCCUAAUGUUACUGGAUCACUGCACAUGGGGCAUGCAAUGUUUGUAACUCUUGAGCUCUUGGAUGAUCUGCUGAGCUCUGAAUUUUUAGAUAUUGAUAUCAUGAUUAGGUACAAUCGUAUGAAGGGAAAACCAACACUUUGGCUUCCUGGGACUGAUCAUGCUGGUAUUGCAACUCAGUUGGUUGUGGAAAGAAUGUUGGCAUUUGAAGGAAUGAAAAGGGUGGAAUUGGGAAGAGAUGAGUUCACCAAACGAGUUUGGGAGUGGAAGGAGAAGUAUGGUGGAACCAUAACAAAUCAGAUUAAGAGACUUGGGGCUUCUUGUGAUUGGAGUAGAGAGCACUUCACCCUGGAUGAGCAGCUAAGUCGAGCUGUUAUUGAGGCCUUUGUCAGGCUUCAUGAAAAGGGUUUAAUCUAUCAAGGUUCGUACAUUGUUAACUGGUCUCCUAAGCUACAAACUGCAGUUUCAGACCUGGAAGUGGAAUAUUCUGAAGAACCUGGUAUUCUGUAUUAUAUUAAGUAUCGUGUUGCUGGGGGUUCAAGGAGUGAUUUUUUGACAAUUGCAACAACACGCCCAGAGACUUUGUUUGGCGAUGUGGCUGUUGCAGUGCAUCCUCAGGAUGAACGUUAUUCAAAGUACAUUGGUCAAAUGGCAAUUGUACCUAUGACAUAUGGCCGUCAUGUCCCUAUUAUAUCUGAUAAGUAUGUUGAUAAAGACUUCGGGACAGGUGUGUUGAAGAUAAGCCCUGGGCAUGAUCAUAAUGACUACCUUCUUGCUAGAAAGCUUGGUCUCCCACUACUUAAUGUGAUGAACAAGGAUGGGACGCUUAAUGAGGUUGCUGGGCUGUACUGUGGUCUUGAUCGAUUUGAGGCACGGAAAAGACUGUGGUCCGAUCUUGAGGAGACUGGUUUAGCUGUAAAAAAUGAACCCCACACUUUAAGGGUUCCCAGAUCACAACGUGGUGGAGAAGUAAUAGAGCCACUAGUUAGUAAGCAGUGGUUCGUAACAAUGGAACCCUUAGCAGAAAAGGCACUUCAUGCAGUUGAAAAGGGAGAACUGACCAUUAUGCCUGAAAGAUUUGAGAAGAUAUAUAAUCAUUGGUUAUCAAAUAUCAAGGAUUGGUGUAUAAGCAGACAGCUUUGGUGGGGUCACCGCAUACCAGUUUGGUACAUUGCUGGAAAAGACUGUGAAGAAGAGUAUAUUGUUGCUAGAAGUGCUGAUGAAGCCCUUGAAAAAGCAUACAAGAAGUAUGGAAAAGAUGUAGAAAUUUAUCAGGAUCCAGAUGUUCUUGACACUUGGUUUUCAAGUGCUCUGUGGCCUUUCAGUACUCUUGGGUGGCCAGAUACAUCAACUGAAGAUUUCAAGAGGUUUUAUCCAACAACAAUGCUUGAAACUGGGCAUGACAUAUUGUUCUUCUGGGUUGCGAGGAUGGUGAUGAUGGGAAUUGAAUUCACAGGCAAAGUUCCCUUUUCAUAUGUAUAUCUUCAUGGUCUUAUCCGGGAUUCACAAGGGCGUAAAAUGUCUAAAACAUUGGGCAAUGUAAUUGAUCCUAUUGAUACAAUCAAGGAGUUUGGUACUGAUGCUCUACGUUUCACACUUUCUUUAGGAACUGCUGGUCAGGACCUCAAUUUAUCUACUGAGAGGCUGACAGCUAACAAGUCCUUCACAAACAAAUUAUGGAAUGCUGGCAAGUUUGUUCUGCAGAAUCUACCUAGUGAAGAAAAUGUAUCUGAUUGGGAAAUUAUGCUUGAUUAUAAGUUUGACACAGAAGAAUCUCUUCUUAAGCUACCUCUUUCAGAAUGUUGGGUGGUCUCAAAACUUCAUACUCUUAUAGAUGUGGUCACUGAGAGUUAUGACAAGUUUUUCUUUGGUGAUGUUGGAAGAGAGACAUAUGACUUCUUUUGGAGUGACUUUGCUGAUUGGUAUAUUGAAGCCAGUAAAGCUCGCCUUUACCACUCUGGAGAUAAUACAGUUGCUUUAGUUGCACAAGCAGUCCUCCUGUAUGUUUUUGAGAACACACUGAAAUUGCUACAUCCCUUUAUGCCAUUUGUAACUGAGGCAUUGUGGCAGGCACUCCCAAAAAGAAAAACAGCUCUGAUAGUAUCUGCUUGGCCACAUACUUCUCUUCCGAGGCAUGCAAACUUGAUAAAACGAUUUCAGAAUUUGCAAGCUUUGACUCGAGCAAUUCGAAAUGCUAGAGCUGAGUACUCUGUUGAACCAGCAAAGCGAAUAUCUGCAUCAAUUGUUGGCAGUGAAGAAGUUAUACAGUAUAUAUCUAAAGAGAAGGACGUUUUGGCUCUUCUAUCAAGGCUAGAUCUGCAAAAUAUCCAUUUUACAGAUUCUCCUCCAGGGGAUGCAAAUCAGUCAGUCCACCUUGUUGCCAGUGAGGGGCUAGAGGCAUAUCUCCCCCUUGCUGAUAUGAUUGAUAUUUCUGCUGAAGUUGAACGCCUUUCCAAACGCUUGUCUAAAAUGCAAAUGGAAUAUGAGGGACUUAAAGCUCGCCUCAGUUCUCCAAAAUUUGUAGAAAAGGCUCCAGAGGAUAUUGUUCGUGGGGUUCAGGAAAAAGCAGCUGAAGCAGAAGAGAAAAUAAAUCUUACCAAAAACCGUUUGGCUUUCCUCAAAUCAACUGUUCUGGUUUCAAAAUAGGCUUCAUUCAUAACUCUUUGGUGUUUUAUCCUCAGAACCCGGCUUCUCCACCAGACCAAUUUCCAUUUCUACAGGAGUUACAAAUCAUGCACUAUAAUUGAAAGAGAUGGUUGUAAAUCAUGACAUUGGGUGAUGGAAAUAACCAGUCAGCUGAAAGAAGGAACGGGAACUGGUCCAAAUGAUUUCUGAAGAGGAAGAGUAAUUGCUUUUUCACUUGUUUCAAUAGAAAAGGUUCAAGCCCAUCAUUAAUUGAAUGCAGAACUCAACUGUUAUUAGCGGUUCUUUCCUUCACUAAAGUUGUAAGAAGAGAUCAUAGUUAUGUAAUAUCAAUGUAUAUGUUUCCAGAUUCUUCUUUAGUCGUCCCUUUAUUUAUAGUUAUCAAUUGGCUCAUCUCGGUCCUUCUGCCUUUAUUCAUAUAUAUAUUUCAAAAUCUGGGAACACAUUGGUUUCUAUGGAUCUUUGGAAAUGGUCAUAAGAGUGCAAAACCAUCGAGCGAAAACUGAACUGGCAGAUUUUGUUUAUGAGAUUACAAUGUAUGUAAUUGUAGAAAAUAUAAUUCCUUUCAGAUG